AUGAUGGACUUGGUACAUUCUCAAACGUGUCGCCGGCAUCGUAGACGGCAUCAUCAGUCAGUUUUGUCAUUCUCCACACCAAGCUACAAACUCAUCAAAGAGACAAGUGAACUCGAUCCCUCGACAAACGUUCUGCCGCAAACGGAUGAUGCCGACUACGAUGCCGGCGAAACGUUUGACAACGUACCAAGUCAUGACGACUACAAUGGCAGACGACUUCGGACUAGGUCCGUUCCACAUAGUCGCCCUGACAACGAGAUUAACCGACUUCGUAAGCUUUGA